GUUAUUUCUUCCGAUAUGGGUUGCUGGUUUUCAGUGAUGGUGAAGACAGAGUUAGUAACUCUAUGUAAAGAGAGGAAGCAGAUGAUCAAGGCAGCCAGGGAUUGGCAUUGUGCCCUAGCUUUGGCUCAUAUUUCUUGCUUUCAGUCUCUUUUUGAUGUAGGCAAUUCACUGUAUCAGAUGGUUGAGGAAGACAUGGUCAUCAGUGUUGACCCGGCUUCCAAUUCUGAGUCUGAUCAUCAGUUGGCUGCUAGGGAAGGUUGUCAAUUGGAAUCUGAUACAGAUAUAACUUCAUUUACUGAUCAUGUCCAUGGAAGGUCAAAAGGAUCAUACUCAUCUUUUCCUCAAGUUCAGAGCCAACCAAGGGGUACUGUGAAUGUGUAUCAGGUGAAGAAGUCUUCUGAGGAGGUGCUUUCUGUGAUCUAUGAGCCGCCACCAGUUGUGAAUGCAACUGUUCAGUGGUAUGAUACAUCAAACUUGGUUGCUGAGAAUCCUCAAUUUACAAAUGGGGUUUCCUCUGCUGCUCCUAUGAAGUUUCAGCCUAAUCAUCCAAGGGCUCUUCAUUAUCAAAAUGAAGCAGGUAAUAUUCAUCUUGUUAAUCCUCAAGAUACAACUGCUCAGUGGUAUGACAUAUCAAACUUGGGGGCACGAUAUCCUCAACAUUCAAAUGCGGUUUCCUCUGAUGCUCCUAUAAAUUUUCAGCCUAAUGAUCCAAGGUCUCUUCAGUAUGAAAAUCAAGCAGGUGCCAAGAUGACUAGAUCACUAGUUAAUCCUAGGUUUUCUACAUAUGGAGAUGUCCUAUCUUUUAGUGGCUCAAUGAAUUUUGUUGAAAGCAAUCAGGUGUCUUCUAGUGGUCCUAUGAAUUUUCCACCUAUUAAUCGUAUUUUUCCUUUUGGUGGAGAUCGAGAUUCUUUGGGUAGUUCAAUGAACUUGCCACCAAAUAAUCAUUACUUUCCUCAGCAUGAAAAUUCUACAAUUUCUGAUGGUCCAAUGAUUUUUACAGAUAAUAAUCUUCAAGGAACGGAGUCAGAUUUGACAUAUACUGCUUUUAGAUUCCCUCAUUAUGUUGGGGUACCCAAUGGUGAUUCGAUGAAUCCUCUUUCUACUGAUCCUUAUAGCAAUUCAUGGCAAAGUCCCAUUGCUUCACCAAGUCCACCUGACGAGGUCUCUACUUGGGAUUAUCCCAAUCCAUUUAGUGAAAUUGAUGAUACUAUCUCCAGGUAUUACUUUGAGGGAAGAUAUCGAACCAGUUUCAGUAACAUUAAUCCUAACUUGCAAGAAGUGAGGGAAAGGGAGGGAAUUCCUGAUUUAGAAGAAGAAACAGAAGAAGAACUAAUGGAAGAAGAGCCUAAGGAAAUAAAUUCAGAGGUAAAAAAUAAGAGGAAUGCAGAUGAAGGCCCAUCCAGGACAGCUCAACUAAAGGAACAUUCAUUUCAAGGCUCCCCUGAGGUAGCACCAUUGAAGGGGAACUCUGGCAAAGGUUCUACUGAGGCAGCACCAGCAGAGAAUAGUGAGGAUAAUCUGUUAACUAAGGACAAAGGUAAUGGGAGAAAUUCUGAUGAAUCAAAUUGUUCAAGAAAAGAGAAAAGCAAUAGUGGUGAGACUAUAGGGGUACAAGGAGCACAAAAACAGAAUUGUGUAUCUUCAGAGAAGAUCAGCUCAACAACUAACUAUGCCCGGGAAAAGGAUCCUGAACCCUUUGAGAAGGGUAUUGAGAGAAAAUCUGAUGAAUUAAACUGUUUAAAAGGGAAGGAGGCAAGUAAUAAGGGAGGGUCUAUUCAGGUACCAGAAGAAUUAAAACAGGACGAUGUAUCUUCAGUACAUAUUGCCUCAACCACUGCUAAUACCCAGGGAUCAAGGGAUCUUAAGGAAGUACUGAAGGAAAUCAGAGAUGCAUCUGAGACUGCUUUUGAUCAUGGCAAGGAAGUCUCAGUGGCACUUGAGACAGAAAAGCUUCAGUAUCAGUCUACAUCUGUCAUAUUGAAGGUGUUCUCUUCUUGGAUUCUGAGUUUCUUAGGCACUUCCCUGGCAACACCUUCCUCUUCCACAUACAUGAAGUUGAAACGAUCAGCUUUUGGAGCAGGACGAAAGGCCAAAUCUAACAGAGGGAGUAUUGAACAGGAUAUCUUCAUGAAUUCUACAAACCUUUCAUCAACCUUAGAGAAGCUUUAUUUAUGGGAAAAGAAACUUUAUAAGGAGGUUAAGGAUGAAGAGAGACUUCGAGUAGUUUAUGCCAAGGAGUGGAAAAAGUUAAAGAAAUUAGAUGACAAGGGUGUUGAUUCCCACAAGAUUGAUGCCACGCAAGAUUCUAUAAGGAGGUUGCAACCAAAAAUGAAUGUUGUUGUCUUAACAAUUGAUGCAAUAUCAAGGAGGAUACACAAGUUGAGAGAUGAAGAGUUGCAGCUCCAACUGAAUGAAUUAGUUCAGAGAUUGACAGGGAUGUGGAAGUUUAUGGUUGAGUUCCAUCAGAAGCAAUUCAGGGUGAUGGUGGAAUGCAGAACUCAUGUGCAAAUAUCAGAAGAAGGCCUUGAGAGAAAUAAAAUUGUCAAGGUUAUUCAGAAACUAGAAACUGGCAUAGUCAAAUGGGCUAAAGACUUCAUUUAUUGGAUUUAUGCUCAGAAAGCAUUUGUGAAAUUCUUAAAUGGGUGUCUUAUGAAGCACCUUCCCCAAAAACCAGAGGACACUACAGAUGGAAUUGCUACCUACUCUCCUAGAAAGCUUGGGGCGCCUCCUGUAUUUAUCACAUGUAAACAUUGGUACAAUGCCAUUGAGAAUAUCUCAGAAACUGAAGUAUCAAAAGCCAUGUACGAUUUUGCCUCCAUGUUGCACCAGUUAGUGCGUAUGUUGAAUAAGGAAAGGCGUCACAGGCUCAAAAUCAAGUCCCUGGGCAAUGAUCUUGAUAAACAGGUGAAAUACUAUUACAAGCUAAGUGGGAUGAAGUGGGAAGAAUAUGUAUUGUCAGGCGAUGCAGCUUGCUUUUGGGUUACUACCGAAAGUGGAUUACUAAUUCCUGAUGCAAUAUCUGUUGAUGUGGAGCCUGUGAGGAUCAGACUCAGUGAAGAAAAGACGAGGCAUGAGGAAUCAAUUCGAGAACUAAACGAUGCUGCUUCACAAGGCUUACGGGAAGGUUUGAUUCGAAUUUUCGAGGCUCUGUCUACCUUCAGCAUUGACAUGUACAAAGCUUAUGAGGAAGUCAGCAAUCUGGGUAAGGGAGGAAAGGAGUGAGUUUUCAAAGAAGUCUCAUGUUUAAUUAAGUUGUACUCCUUUGAAACUUUUAGGAACUUCAUCUCAACUGUUAACAUUAGGUGGUGGGAAAUGCCAUAACUUUGAAUAUUUUCAGUGUGGUAUU